AUGGCAGGGGGUUUAAGGAAAAAGUCUCCGGGAUCCCCUUCUCCUCUGUGGGGGAAACUUCAGACGCUCUGGCAGGACAAACACCUGGUCCUGUUCAAAACGGAGUACACGUUACUGGUUGUUUCGAUCCUGUGGUUUCUGGAGAUCGGCAUCAAUGUGUGGGUCAUACAGAAAGUAGCAUGUAAGUAGCUGCGCGGCUAGUUAGCAUGCUCCUGUGUUUUGAAUUCACCUCAGCGUGUCUCGAUGCUAAGUUGUUAGCAUCGGCUACCUCAAUAACUUCUGCAGCCACCUGUCAGAGGGAAUUUACUGCCCUUGCAUGACAUUUUUAGUCGCAUGUCUUGUCCUGGUGUUCAGCGAGAUUAUUUAUUUGCAGCACCGGCUCGCCUGAAAACUUUGUAAUGUUUAAGAUGUGGUUUUACUUUUACACACUGUACAGGUCCAACUUGUCAAAUUAAUAACAGCUCACUGAGGAGACGUAAUGCAUAUAUUUUAGGCAUCAGUGUGUCAUCCACACAUUAGUAACUUGUACUUCUAAUCAACUGCAGAAGGUGUAAUAAUUAACUUCAAUUAUAAUAAUAACUUUAUUUGUAUAACACUUUUAUUUUUCAUAUUGUUUUUAUUUCCAUUUGCCACAGAGUACAACAAUUUCAUUUUAUGUAUAAACAUAAAUUACACAAAAUAAUAUACACAAAAUCAGAGUCACACCAGGAGAAAAAAGAAGAAAAAUACAAAAAAAACAAAACAAAAUAAAUAUAUAGCACCCAAUGAGCACAGUAUUGUGGCAGACUUGUGGGUGUCCUCCAUCUCAAACCAUUUUCACACAAUUUUUCUAAUAAUUUUUCUAAUUCCUUUUUCAGUUCAUUAAAAAACAGUAAAAAAAUAUGUAUACUGGACAAUCUUGUUGGUAUGGGUAGAGAAAGUUGAGGUCAGAAUCGAAGGUUACUCCCAGAUUUCUGGCUGUUUUCAUGAUUGCUGAAUGUGAACCAAGACAAGACUGUACGAGGGGGGGAAUUUUGUAUGUUACGGAGAAUUAUUUCAGAUUUUGAAUAAUUUAGCUGAAGGAAAUUUUGUGCCAUCCAACGAUCAUUAAUCAUUACUUAUCCUCUGUGAUUACUUCAAAUAACAUUGAAUUAUUGUUUAUUCAGAUAAUUUAUAAAAAUAAUAGAAAGAAACUGUGGUCACAGAAAUUAUUUUAAAACAGGCCAUUGUGGAUCUACAGUAGUUGUAAUGGACAUGUGGCAAAACAAUAAAAGAAAGUCCGAUAUAAAAGGGACAUUGACAGUGGCAUCCCGUUUAUGAUCACUAAGUUGUGUUUUGUUCCACAGACACUGAGAUUGAUUGGAAAGCCUACAUGGAUGAAGUAGAGGGAGUCAUCAACGGCACCUAUGACUACACUCAGCUUAAAGGGGACACUGGUCCUUUGGUGUGAGUUUCAGAAGCUUCCAGCGAUGUAUGUCACUCCACCCUGUACAAAGCUUUCAGUUCAAGUAUGUGAAAUCAAUCAGCCCCAUGUUGUUGCAGGUAUCCAGCUGGCUUUGUCUACAUCUUCUCAGCUCUUUACUACAUCACCAGUCACGGGGUCAACAUCCGUCUGGGCCAGUACAUUUUUGCCAUUUUCUACCUCAUCACGCUGCUGCUUGUAUUCAGGAUAUAUCACCGCACUAAGAAGGUCAGUCUGUCUAACAGAUUGCUGAAUUUAAUAUGAAAAAAACGUGGAACAACACACAGUAAUUAUGUCUAUUCAUUUCUCUGAACUUUCCAGGUUCCUCCUUAUGUGUUCUUCUUUGUAUGCUGUGCCUCUUAUCGGAUUCACUCUAUUUUUGUGCUGCGUCUCUUUAAUGACCCUGUGGCCAUGAUGCUGUUGUUCGCAGCCAUCAACCUCUUCAUGGAUGGAUACUGGACUCUAGGCUGUGGCUUUUACAGGCAAGUGUGCAUUCAUUUUUAGCUAAAUGGAUCUUUUCAAAAAUGUUCGUUUUAGGCGAUUAAACUGAUUUCUUUUUGUUUUUGAAACUCUGUUGAAUCAUUGUACUAUUUUUUUUUAUGAUACAGGAUAAAAUUACAAUUCAAUCUUCCUCUCUUUCUGACAGUUUAGCAGUGUCUGUGAAAAUGAAUGUACUGCUCUUUGCUCCGGGGCUACUUUUCCUCCUCCUGUCUGAGUUUGGUCUUAUCAAGACUAUCCCCAAACUUUCUCUGUGUGCAGUCAUCCAGGUAAAAUUUUUCAUAUAUUAACAAAUGAGGCGUACAUUUACCCACAAGCCCAAUCUCUAAAUAAACCUCUUAUGGUGUUGCAGCUUCUGCUGGGCUUGCCUUUCCUUUUGGAGAAUCCUAUUGGUUAUCUGAGUCGGGCGUUCGAUCUCGGUCGGCAGUUUAUGUUCAAGUGGACUGUGAACUGGCGCUUCUUGCCAGAGUGGCUCUUCUUGAAUCGUUACUUCCACUUACUCCUGCUGACUGUCCAUCUGCUCACCCUGCUGCUCUUUGCACUACGCCGUUGGAAGAGGUGAGACCGACUUUUGUACUGCUGGCAUAAAAUAUGGUUGAAGGUAGGCCUGAAUAAACAAGGACUUGAAAUGUCAAUUUUUCUUCCAUCAUGCUCAUUCAUGGCAUAGAGGUUGAAUUAUUAUGAAUGGUAACUUUCUCCUCUCUCCCCAGGCCAGGUGAAAGCAUCUUUGAACUACUCAAGGAGCCAGGCAAGAGGAAAAGCCCUGCUCAGAAGCUCACUGUAGAUCAUAUCCUUUCGAUCCUCUUAAAUUAGCUCUCAUUUGUAGAUCAUUUUCUUAUUUUCAGCAGCGCUAUUGAACUCAAAGGCUCAAAUAAAGAGAGUCUGUACUCGUACUCCCUGAUGUUUAUCAUAGUCUUGUGCUGGUUACUCACCAUCUGUUGUGACAAACCUUAACAGACAAUCACAGAUAGUGUUGAUCCUGUUCACCUCUAACUUCAUAGGUAUGUGCUUCAGUCGUUCUUUGCACUACCAGUUUUACGUCUGGUACUUCCACACGCUGCCAUACCUGCUCUGGAGCGGUGGAGUUAAGAAGUUGGCUCAUCUGCUCAGGUAAGAUGAGUUAAAAGAUAUACCUAUCCUAAUCUUGAACCAUCUGUCCCUUUUUUUAAUCGUGUAUUUGUUUCUCCUGGUGGUCAGGGUCCUAAUCCUGGGUCUGAUCGAGCUCUCGUGGAACACCUACCCCUCUACCAACAGCAGCUCGGCUGCCCUCCAUGUCUGCCACCUCAUCAUCCUCCUCUGUCUGUGGCUAGCCCCGCCCCUUUUGUCAACACCAGAAGGAUCACAAGAAGCUGCACCUGUAAAAGACAAACGCCAGUGA